CCGCCCCCAGCCCCACGUCGGUGCCACCCGCGGAGAUGAAAUGUGAGCCCGGGUGGCCCAGGACGCCGCCGGAGCGGCUGCCUCGCCUGCCGCCUGAGCUCCGCGGGCAGAGACAAAGAGACCUCGGCCCCAGCGCAGCCCCGCGCGCCACGGCCGGGUUCCCCUCGAAGACGCUCAGGGCAAUGGCCCGGUCCCCGCGCGACCCCCCUCUCGGGAGCGCUGCCCUCUCCCUCUGACCGCGCUCCGGCUCCUCCGCGGCCCGGGCUCUCCCUUCUCCCCGCCCCAUCAGCCCUCUCUCCAGUCUGUGCGUCUGUCCGUCUGUCCUGGCGCGCAACCUCCGGCCACCGGCUUGGAUGGACGCGCUGAGGCUGCCCGGGGGUCCAGGAAUCUUGCUUCCGAAGCUGGUCCUGCUCUUUGUCUACGCAGAGGAUUGCCUUGCUCAGUGUGGCAAAGACUGCAGAUCUUACUGCUGCGAUGGGGCCACGCCCUACUGUUGUUCCUACUACGCCUAUAUUGGGAAUAUCCUCUCGGGCACCGCAAUUGCUGGCAUCGUGUUUGGAAUUGUAUUCAUCAUGGGGGUCAUUGCGGGGAUUGCCAUAUGUAUCUGCAUGUGCAUGAAAAACAACCGUGGGACCCGGGUGGGCGUCAUCAGGACCACCCACAUCAAUGCCAUCUCCUCCUAUCCUGUGGCACCACCACCCUAUAGUUAUGACCAUGAGAUGGAAUACUGUGCCGACUUGCCGCCUCCCUACUCUCCGACCCCACAGGCUUCCGCGCAGCGUUCUCCACCCCCUCCUUAUCCUGGAAAUUCAAGAAAACAGUCCUUUUCCCAGAACAGAAUAUGUGCCAAUCAGAGAUCUUGCUUGGAAUAAAAGGCUUGCUCUAAGGAAUACAUUUUUGGGUGAAACAAUAUGUCGAGUGGAAUGUCCAGGCUAAGAAACACUGAGUUUUUAUCCUUCUCUGAGCUGACCCCAUCUGACGUACUGUUCGAUUUGAUGGUAUCAUAUUUGAAGAGAUGUACCGGUCAAUGUAAGCACAUUCAGAGAAGAGUAACAAGACAGACAAAACAUCUGAAAAUCAUGUUGCUUAAGGAAAUUGCAAUACUGAUCCUGGAAAAGAGAAGAAUUAGGAAAGACAGGAGGACAGCCUGGACUACCUAAGGAGACAACUAUAUUCUGCGUUGCUUUAAAAGUUGGAACAAGAAUUAUUCAUUCUUUCCUUCAUCAAUAAAUACUAUUCAAGUGCCUAAGAGCUCACUCUGUGUCUUCCACUGUUUGUGAAGCACUGGAUGGAAGCUACAGGAACUUUGGUUUCUGGAUGAGAACAAGGAACUUUGGUUUCAGUAUAAGAAAGAGGAGUUGGAGCUUCCUUAUUCACUAGAUUGUUUUUUGAAGUUCUCUAUUACCAAGACUUCAAACAGAAUCUGUCUAUCUGAUAGAGACAUGCUCUAGAAAGGACAGCUAAAUCAAAUGGUAGAUGGAUCCACUGGGCCCCAAACAUUCUGUUCAUGUUUUAGGUAAGUGUGAAGUAAGUCUCUAUGCCUCCAAGAAUUAAAACAACUGGAAGAGUUGAAUCUUCUCUAUUUAGUUUGACAGCUAAAACAAGAUCAAAGGGACUCAACAGCUGCUUAAAGCCAAGUGCUAGCUACUGCUAUCUAAAAAUCAUGUGACUUUAAGUAGUGUUUUAUUAUGACAAACGUUCCCCCCCCGCGGGGGGGGGGCCCGUAUUGAGUUCCACAAGCAACAAAUACUUCUCUUCAGAUUAAGAGAUUAGAAGCCAAAUAUUCCCAUGGGAUUUUACAUCAAGGAGUAGACUCGUAGAACUUGACAAAAAAGAUAUACAACAAUUUACA